AAGAAGGCUAAAAGCCAAAGGCCAAAUAAUUCACGUCAAUUUUAGUGUUUUCUUUAGUCAAAGUCACAAUUCUGUACACAUUUAGUACCAUAUUUUAGGGGAUGCAAUCCUUUUUUCAUUUAACCUUAUGAGCAGCACAACAACAAAUCCCAUUAAAAUUUAAUCACUUGCCAUUAAACCAAAUGAUUUAUUCCUCCCCCAAAAUACGAAGUACCAGCCAGGAAGAGUCUUGCUCUGGUAUUGCUGAAAAUCCAGCUGCAUGUUUUGUAAUUAGUGACUAUUGAGCUCAAUUUGCUUUGAUGUUGAUUGCAAACCAACCAUUCCUUACGUAGCACAUCGAAGAAAGAGGUUGGUUGCAUCACUGUGAGCAAUCAGAAUGGCUGCUGCUGAAAUUGCAGUGGAUAACAUCGUGUCAAGGGUUGUACGCAAAGUAAACGAUGUACUCAUUCAAGAUUGGGCACUACUGAAUAAGACGGAAAGAAGGAUGCUUAAAUGGCUUCGAACAGAGCUGAGCGACAUGCAGGAAUUCAUACAACACCUUGAACGCUCUGAUUCCAGUCAGUUGGAGUAUUUUGAGGGUAAAAUAAAGGACGUUGCUCUCCAAACAGAAAGAAUCAUAGACACCUUCAUCAAAUCAGUCGAGAGGAGGAGGAGGAGAGAAUUAAACAUUUUUCGUUGUUUUGACGACAAGAUUGAGAAACAGCUGAAGCAAGCGUCUAUCACUGACAGCAUUGAAGACAUCUCCGACGAAAUAAUGAAGUAUGAAUCCAGACCUGGGUCAUUGUCGGAAUAUCAAUUAGACCGAAGGGGAGAAUUCUGGCCCUGGCAACCCCGCAUCAUCUUUGGAUUUGAUGGAGACGUAGAGACUUUGAAGGACAAGUUACUCUCAGUCUCAGACGAGGACCCUCGCUGCAUUAUUUCAAUAGUGGGGAUUGCAGGCACGGGUAAGACUGCUCUAGCCACAUUGAUACGUAACAAUGAAGACAUCAGAGAUGGUUUUAAGCACAUAGUGUGGGUGGCAGCGUCUCCAAGUCAUACAGUUGAAGAAAUGCUUGAAGAAAUAUCUAAGGCUGCCACACAAAUUAUGGGAAGCCAACAAGACACCUCUCUAGAAGCCUUGGCGAGUAAAAAGAAUCUCAUAGUUGUUGAUGGCGUAGCAACUCCCCGUGUCUUUGAUGCCUUGACAGAGAAAAUAGCUGACAAGUCAACAGAAGACAGCUUUCUUCUUACCACUCACAAUGCAAAUAUUAUACCGCAACAAGAUGCAGAGCUGAAGGUGCACAGAGAUGUACAAAUGGAACCAGAGAUGACAGAUCUUGGGAAAAAAAUUGUGGCCAAAUGUGGGGGUCUGCCAUCGCAAAUAUUAGACCUGAGCAAAUUUUUUUCAGAUAAAGAUGUAACAAAAGAGGAGUGGUUAAGAUUGCAAGAGCAGUGGUUAAGAGAUCAAGGUCAAGGUCAAGGUCAAAACCCUUGGUCUGAAACACUUAACGCAAUCGUCAGUGACUUCAACUUACCUUCAUAUGAAUCACAUCUGAAAUGCUUAUCUUAUUUUAAGCUAUUUCCUGCUAAUUUUGGGAUUCCCGCAAGAAGAUUGGUUGCUCUGUGGGUUGCAGGAGAUGUAGUGCCUCACAGGGAAGAAGAGCAAGAGCCACCUGAGCAAGUUGCAGAAAGGUAUUUAGAAGAGUUGAUAGAUCUGAACUUGGUUCAAAUUGCCAAGAGAAAGCCCAAUGGCAAGGUGAAAACAUGCCGUCUCCCUAAUGCUUUGCGUGAACUCUUGUUGAGUGAAGCCCCAGAAAAUUCCAGAAUACUUCAGGUGGCAGAUUGUCUUGACGAAAAUGAUAUAUGGUACAACCAUAUUCACGGUAAUACUGCAACCACAAGUGAUUCGGUUUCCCUAAGAGAACACUACAAGGAUGUUCUCUCCUUUUUGUCCUUUGAUGCUCGAGAAGGAAGUAGACCAGGCCAAGAAAUAUGUAACUUUUUGAACCUGUGUAUUUUGAGCGAUUGUCUUCUACAGCUGCAGGUGCUUGAUCUAGAAGGCGUUUUCAAGCCCAAGUUGCCUGAAAACAUUGCAAGACUUACUGGAUUGAGGUAUCUUGGGCUACGAUGGACUUAUUUAGAGUCACUUCCAUCAUCUAUAAGCAAAUUGCUGAAACUCCAGACUCUUGAUCUCAAACAUACAUACAUACAUACUCUAACCAGCUCCAUCUGGAAGAUGGAACUGAGACACCUGUUCUUGAGUGAGACUUACCGUACCAGAUUUCCACCCAAACCAAUAUGUGCAGGUGAUUCUCUAUCUGAUCUCCAAACAUUGUGGGGACUUUUUGUAGAUGAAGAGACUCCAGUGAAGGGUGGUCUGGACAAAUUGGUCAAUAUCAGAAAAUUGGGAAUAACAUGGCAAUCAAUGUCACCACAGCAAAAGGCAACGAAAUCACAAAAACCCACCGGGGUCGACUUACUGGUAGGGGUUCUGGGUAGUUUGGACAGGAUCCUAGGUUCAAACCUUGUUGAUGUCAUUGCACAAAAAAGGACAAUGGAAUCACAAGUUGAUGCAGUAGUUGACUGGAUUGUGAAACUAACAAACCUUGAAUCACUAAGGCUAAAAUCAAGAGAUGAAGAAGGUCGACCUUGGAAUUUACCCUUGAAGUCUUUGAAAAAUCACAAAAAACUCAUUGACAUGCAUUUGCUGGGAAUCUUGAGCCAUUCAUCAAUUCUGUCCGAGUUUCCCACGAGCCUUGUUGAACUUACUCUAUCGCAUUCGAAACUAGAGGACGACCCCAUGCAAAUUUUGAAAGAUCUUCCAGAACUUCGCUCAUUGUCUUUAUGUGCAGAAUCCUACGUGGGAGAAAAAUUAGUUUGCAAUUCUCAAAGCUUUCCUCAGCUUUAUGUCCUAAAAGUUUGGAAGCUGGAGCAAUUAAAGGAAUGGAAGAUAGAACAAAAAGCACUCGGCUCUCUCAGACAACUGGAAAUCCGAUCAUGUCCCUGCAUGACAAAGCUUCCUGAUGGACUAAAGCAUGUUAAGACUCUCCUUGACUUGAAAUUGACAAACAUGUCAAAGGAAAUCAAGACUGAAGACCAUGACAUUCCUCCCUAUUGUGAAAUCCUUGUGCAAAAUUGAGUGUUUGGCUGUGAGCAGCAGUUUGUCAACAACAGCUUUUGCUGGCAUCAUUGCUUGAAGGUAAGUUUGGUUCUUCCUCGAAAUUGAAAAUUUGUUUCUUGAAAAAAUUUGUAUGGAGACAUUAUUUUCCAGAUUGAUUGCUUAAGUCAGGUAAUCCAACCGACAAGGGUGGUGUUGUGAUUUGUGUGACAAGAAUUUGUUUCGAGACAUGUUUUAUUUUUUUGGCUUGUGUUGUGUAAUCCAAUUCUUAAGUGACGAGUGCGAGUGGAAGUUGCUCAUUUGUGUGAGACCAGGAUUUGUAUCGAGACGUGUGUGAUUGUGUAAUAAUCCAAAUCUUGAUUACGAGUGAAGUGUAUGUGAAUUACUGAAUUCUGUUAUAAA